UCAACGUCAACGUCGUGGUGUCGUCUACACGCUUUCUAGUUUCUUCUCUCUCUCUCUCUCUCCAUAUUCCAUAGUAAACGGCACAAACACUAACUACCAACGAGUCCGUUUCCUUUUCGUUUUUCCUCAUUUGUCUUGUGUCCUGCAACUGCAACCCUUCUUCUUCCUCUCAAUCACAACAUGCCUUCUAUUUCUGAUGCUCGUUCCACUUCUCACAGGGAUGUACGUUACAGCUGUGGUAGCUGCGGUUAUGAGCUUAACCUAUCUUCCUCGAACCGUGACAUCUCAACAAUCGGUUCAAAAUAUGGGAAAUCCAUAAAACGAGGCAUCAUAACAUUCUCCAACGUCGAUGAUGAUAGAUUUGGCCAUGUCGAUGAAAUCGAGUGCGCCCCUCACUUAUCUAAACUCUCAUGGCGUUUGUUCCGCCGCAAAACCAAGCUUAUUUGUCGCAAAUGUUGCAACCACAUUGGAUACGCUUAUAACACUUCAUCUUCAUCCAUUCCUCUUGUCUCAGUUGGAGCUGCUGAAUCCGAACCAUCAAGUUAUACAAAGAGAACGGUUGAAGAAGAUGUUGUUGUCGAACAGGUUGCAGAACACCAACGGCGUCUAUAGUAAUAUUGGUGGCGGUGGAAGUGGGUUGAAUUAUAUUUUUUUGGUUGGCCAUGAUCAAUCCAAUAGGUUAAGAAUUCGUCCCGGAUUUGAACUCUAUUUAAAGGUUUAUUUUUAGCCAAUUGAUUACUGUAUGCACAAGGUGGAAUUCAAACCCCCCAAUAUUUGUUUAAGUGGCGAACAAAUAAGCUAACUAUUCGACCAAUCCAAAUUAGUUAGGAUUCGAAUCCUCUAAAGUUUAAAUUUUACUUUAGAGAAUGAAAUGUGAUCUUCUACCCUUGAAUAAUUUUUUUUUAUAUUUAUUUUUUGUCUUAUUUAUGAAAUAAAUGGUGAGAGAUCACACUUUAUUUUUUAAAAUAAAAUUCAAACUUUAGAGGAUGUAAAUCUAGUUAGUUAGGGUUGAAUUAUAUUAAAUACCAAACAUGGAACUCACUCUCACUUCCCCCUCCGUUCUCUCUCUGCACACAAAUAUACCGGCAUAAAUGUUAGUCUCACUUCACUCAUCUCCUCCCUGAAUUCAUGCCGCUUUUAUUGAAAAAGCUCAAAAUUUGAGAUUUGGAAAAUCUAGAAUUUUGAUGAGAACUUGUUCAAUCAGGUUUUUUUUUUUUGGUCCAUCAUGGAUGUUCUCAAACUCCAUUUUCCUGUAUAUCCAGAGCUAUUGUCUUCUAUUUUACUAUAUAUGUCCUCUGUGUGCACCCUUUCUAUUGAUCUUUCUUUUCCUAUACAC